AUGAAUGACCAUCACGAAUCCUUACACCAGCUGAGCUUAGUGUUAAAUGAUCUCCGUCUGGAGGGAGAGUUUUGUGACGCAGUCAUCAAAGUCCGGGACAUCAAAUUUCAAGUCCAUAAGAUCGUCCUCUGUCGAUGCAGCCCUUACUUCAUAGCUCUCUUCAAACGCUGGCUACCUCCAGACGAACAGAUCGUUGACAUACCCGGCUUGUCUCCUGACACAAUGAAGCUCAUCAUUGAGUUUGCAUACACCGGCUCUGUUUCUGUGACCGAGGACAACGUACAGGAGCUGCUGCUUGCUGCUGAUCAGUUCAACAUAAUGCACAUUGUGCAAAUUUGCUGCAACUUCCUUGGAGAGCGUCUUUGCCCUGAGAACUGCAUUGGCAUCUUUCAGCUCACCAACUUCAUCUUCCACUUAGAACUGCGGCACAAGGCCUACGGGUACAUCAUUGCUCACUUUGAGGAGGUUGUUUGCACUGAGGAGUUCCCGCAGCUCUCUGUGCAGGAACUCAUUGACAUCCUUCAACCUGACGACCUCAAUGUGAGAUCAGAGAGCACUGUGUAUGAGGCCAUCCUGCACUGGAUCUCCUACAAACCUGAGGAGAGACACAGAUACAUAGCUGAACUCCUAUCUAAG